GUCAAUUGGGUGACUAUGUGUUAAAAAAAUUGCUGCGGCUAAUCCAUAUACACGUAGAAUGUUUUUACAAAGUCCGUUUGAGAAAACUUUAGAUAUUGCGGUUUCCAACUCUUUUGGAGAGCCAGACUAUGCCAUAAACACAAAACUAUGUGAUAUGGUUAGACAAGGGGAGACCAAACCGGCCAUAGCGCUUAAAGCCAUUAGUAAAAAGUUUGUACAUAAAGAUGUCAAUAAAACUCUACUAGCCUUAACGGUUUUAGAAAUGUUAGUAAGCAAUUGUGGAACACUUUUUGCUAAAGAAUUUUGUUCAGCUAAGAACGUUGAAAUGUAUAAAUCUUGGCUCUUGCUUUACGAAGGCAGCAACGAUCUUGUAGUUGCCAGAAUUUUGACUUUGCUUCAAAACACCUUGGCUGGCUUUUCAGGAGAACCUUUUUUAAGCCCUCUCUCUGAAUUGCGCGAUUGUUUACUUUCCUUCGGCUACGCUUUCCCCAGGUCAACAGUUAAGGAAGGCUCCUACAAAGUUACUGAGCCACCGCCCUGGGAAGAUUCUGCUUUUUGCACCAACUGCAACUCCUCUUUUUCAGCUUUUAAUAGAAAACACCAUUGUCGUAAGUGUGGGCGGUCCUUUUGCCAGCUGUGCUCGUCAAAAAGAUGUCCUGUACUGGCAAUUGGAUUGGAAAAUCCUGUUCGGGUGUGUGACAGUUGUUAUAAUCAGUUGACCGACAAACAGACACCUUUGGACACCAGUAGUGUCCACCGACCUUCGCUGGAAGAAGACGACCACAAUGACGAACAAUUAGCUCUUGCAAUUGCAGAGUCCUUAAAGCUCCACGAACUGGAACAGACGCGUCACUCCCAUGUUAGCCCUGCAGACACCGAGAAGGAAAAGCCUAACGAAAUUCCCACGGCGUACCAAGCUGCUGCUGAGGCUUCCUCGUCCCAGACAGCCGGAUCAAGCCGGGCCCGGGAACCCAAUGAUGUGUUUGAACUAUUUGUUACACGGGCAAAGCCAACUCUUCAGUUAUAUAUGAAGAAACUGCAAGACGCCCAUAGAAGUCAUAGGAAUGUCGUGCUCGACAAGACCAUCCAAUCGUUGCACAAGUCGACUAUUGCCCUGCAAUCCCAACUGCUAGACUUAAUGGAAUCCACAGAAUACGAGAAGCUUAAGCUUUUGGAAGUCUCGCAAAAGAUUGAAACCAUCGUGAAAGUGCGGAAGUCGAUUCUCGAAUUGAAGCGACAGCAAAAGGAGGAGCAGGAAUUACUGCAGCGGAUCCAGCUGGAGCAGAAGCUUCGGCUAAUCCAGCAGCAGGAACAGGCGCUGGCGCAGUACAACCAACAGCAGUGCUAUGCAAGCCCAUCUCAUACCGUCUCCGGGCCGAACCCCUACUUUUCUCAGCCAUGUACCACAAGCUCUUUGCCGUUCUAUCAGUACAGCCACUCUACCAUGCCGAAUCCACGUGCACAGUAUUACGGCGAGCAGGUCAUCCAGCCCCCCCCUCCAACCCCUGUUAACCAAGAUGAAGAAAAAAAGGACAGCAAAGGGGCAUCUUCGAGUAUCGAUGAACUUAUUUCUUUUUAA